CUUGGCACUUAAUGACAUAAUACACCCCGCUGAAGGAGCAGAAUAUAUACUCAAAGGAUCUGAACUUGUUCAAGCUUCUUCUGAAAGAUUCCAACAGCUACACGUUAGUAGCAGCAACAACAACAACAACAAAAAACAGGCAAUGAAUCCAAAACGCAAGUCGUUCAAUUGCAGCCCCCAUGAGAGUCAUCACAGGCAGAAGGAAAGCAUAGAAUACGAAGAAGAGUACGAGGAACAAGUAGAGGAAGAAGAAGAGUUCUUGCUGGUGGAAGAAAGAGAAGAAGAGAGAGCAAGCUACACUACUAGCUCCACCGCCACACCCCACUCUCGUUGCUCAAGAGGCGUAUCCACCGACGAUGAUCACCAACUACUACUACCCCAAAAGGUGAGUAAACACAAAGAGCCGUUAGAGCAUUCUCAUGAAUCUACCUAUCCACAUGGUUCUUCUUCUUCAACAACAACAACACUAGCUGAGAAACUGAACCAAGAAGUACCUAACAAAUGCUCCAAACGGUUAGAAGAAAAGGGCGAGUCAGCGGCAUCGGCACCGAGUCGCAACUCGGUGCUGCUGCAACUGAUAGCGUGUGGAAGCUCGGGUGCGGAUUUCAAGGCCAACGACAACAACAACGAGCCAAGGCGCGUGAGUAACGCGGGGUCGAGGAGCGCGUGUUUCGAGAGAGUAACGAAGAAGAGUGUGUCAAACUCUUCUGAUGAGGUUGAGAUGAUAAAGUACGUGUCGGAGAACCCGAGGUUUGGGAAUUUGGUGUCGGAGGAGAAAGAAUACUUCAGUGGUAGCAUUGUUGAAUCCAUCAAGGCCAACCAGACCGGUUCGGAUGUUCAACCGGUUCUCAAGAGGUCUAAUUCCUAUAACCAAGAGAGGAGCAGCAAGUUAGGGAUAGAAGAGAAGUUUAAGGAAGUGGAAGAAGAGAAGAGGGAAGCGAAGGGAGGAGCGAAAGGAAAAUGCAUGCCUCGUAAGAAGUCUUCCAAAGAAAGCAAGAAAUGAUAGUGAUAUUUACAAAGACAAAUGCGAAGGUUUCUGGAAUUAGUACUAAAUAAUUAUAAUAGAGGAUCGGAUUAUCUAUUAUUCGCUGCAUUGUUAGUUAAGUAUAUAGUUACUUUCCAGUUCUAACUAUCCUGUGAUUAUUAAUCUGUUGAUCAUGGAUUUAUGAUGAUACAAAUUAGAUGGUCUUUGUACCGGUUACAGAGUUUACGAACUGAUAAGCUGCUAAGACCCUAAAUUGCAUUGUGUUGGAAUUAGGUUGGGAAGAGAAUUUGCACGCUCUAAUGUUUAAAUUAGUAGUAUUUUAGGUAAUAGUGAAAGAAUACUGUGUAUUUGUUUGUU